UCUUUUUUCUGGAGAAAUUUUACUUAAAUUUGGAAUACAGUUAUGGUCGUUGCGUUGCUGGUGUUGGUGCCCGAGGGAAUGAUGCUAGCGACGGGUGUCAAGUCACCGGCGAUGUCGGUUUUGUCAGAAAGUAUGGAGCCUGCAAUAAAAAAGGUACGUGAUACAAUUUAUUUAGUUUAUUAAAUAUAUGGGCUUCAGUUUGUCACCCCCUUUGAAUUCGACCGACAUAUUGAUAGAUGCAUGCAUGGAAUCUGUGCUUGUUUUGCAGGGCGAUAUGGUGUUUGUACACAACAUGAGCAAUGAACCUUUCCGCGAAGGAGAGGUCGUUCUUUUCAAAGUUGAUGGCUUUGAACAUCCAAUUGUCCAUCGUGUGAUCAAGGUUUACGAGCAUCGAGAUACCGGAGAAAUCCGAAUACUCACCAAAGGAGACAACAAUUCAAUGGAUGACCGAUUUCUCUAUGCGAGCGGGCAGCUUUGGCUUCAACCGCAUGACAUUAUUGGACGGGUUGCAGGCUAUCUUCCAUAUGCUGGAUGGCCUGGUGUCUUCAUCAGUGAAGCUUAUAAGAUGUUGCUGAAUGGUGGAAGCACUACAACUCCAGAAGUACUAUGGGUAACAAUGUAACCGCGGCAGAUUUAUGUGGAUGGCCUCCAUAGUGUCUUGUUCGUGGUUAAAGUAUGCAUCAAACGAACGAAGAGUAUGUAAAAGACGCAUCAUUAUCAUAGUCUCCACAACAGAGUUAAUCGAGCUCCAUCUGUCUUGUUGAAGUCAUUUCUAUAGCACGGUCGACAGGAUUCCCUUUUUCGAGAA